AUUCUAUUCUUUUGUCAACCCCUGUAAAUAAGAUAUAAGACUUCACUACAUCGGCGAUUAUUAUACAGGCUGUUUUGGAAAAUAAUUAGGGAUAUUCAGACUGAAAGGGUUUGGAACGAUAAACUGAUGAUAACGUAGAAUUGGAAAUAAAUAUAAAAUAUUUAUAUAAAAUAAGAGAAAAUACUGAUGUCUUCAGACCGUUUAUGCUCAAAUUGAAAUAUUUUGUAUCUAUAGGUAAAAAGUUAUCAUUAAAUCGCUUGUGUUCGUUCGCAUGCUAAGGUCUACUAGGAAAUACUAUAUAUGUUCGAAUUUUUAAGAUGUUUGUUAUUCUAAAUAUUCAAAAAGUAUUGAAAUAAAAAGGAUUAAAUUUUAAAGCUUUGUAGUGGUAUUCUGAAAGAAAUCUAGUAAACUCUUAAUUUUUCACAUAUUUAUAUGUAACAGUUGUGGAUGCAAUGUUAGCAAUAAGCGUGUUACACCUGGAAAUUCAUCACUCGGAAUUGUAGCUGUGUCUCAGAUAGGUUAAACAGGCAAUUGAUUUAUUAAAGCGCUCAGUCUAUCCAUCUUGUUCUGGAGUUGGAUCAUACGUAUUCUUUCGAAUGUGAUGUAAGCACGACAUAUUUAACAAUCAAAGGAAUCAAAGUGACAUCAAUUCAGCAAGAUUGCUCAGUGUACAUGUCACGGCUAUAUCUUUUCGGAAUUGUUAUGUUCAUGGGAAAAGAAUAUAAAGCAAAUGAUUAAUUAUAAUUUGAACGCUGUCAGUGGCCUCUAUGUUACUAGUGGAUUUUUUCGGAAAACUAAUGAUCAAGCGACCAAUUAUAACCUCAGCCUGUAAUGGGAGAUGGCGAAAGAGAAGAUCUAGUGCUGUAAGAACAUUAGUAGCGGAAACACUUGUACUUGCUAAGACGCAUGGCUAUGUUGAAAAGAUCGAAGAUGAAUUGGAGAGGGAACUUCAAAGAGACUUUAGUGAUCCUCCGGAGGAAAAAUUGCUCAGAUGGCGUCGAACAGGAGACAAGAUAUUCAAGAGCAAACACAUGCUCCUUACAGUGGUUAUACUAUGUAUAGUUGACUGUGCCUUAGUGCUAGGUGAACUAGCACUUGAUCUCUAUAAAGUCAAAGCUACACUUGAAGGCUCGGAAGCUCUAACGUCAGCUACAGAAGAUUUUAUGACGGAGCUAACAUCUUUAUAUCCGAUUAUAAAUGACAAAAGUCCAUAUGACAUAUUCGCAAUGCUUCUAGAUUCCAAAAUUUUAUGGAACAUGUCAUAUCAUUCUUCAAGUGUUAAUAGUUCCAUGCAACAGUAUGUUCUUUGUCCGUCGGAAAAUGUGACGUCACACGUGAUAUCAGUUCGAAAUGACGUAAGAAAUACGUCACAACUGAUAGUUGGUGAUACAACGACUUAUUCAGAAUAUGACGUUGAAAUUAUAGGAGACAUUGCUCAUGUAUUCCAUUAUUGCAGUAUCGCAAUUUUAGCUGUGAUCAUGUUAGAAACAUUUCUAAAAGCAAUAUGUGCCGGAAGGUCUUUUUUCCAUAGAAAAAUCGAGGUUUUCGAUGCAUUUGUUGUCGUGGUGUCAUUUCUCAUGGAUUUUUCUUUUGUCGUCUUCCUACAUGAUAUAGACACUAAAGACUUUGUGUUUAUUCUUGCAAUUCUGCUCCCAUGGAGAGUCAUUCGUGUUGUAAAUAGUCUGAUCGUGUCAGUAAAAGACCAUGAACAUUUCCGUCUGAAGUUGGUUUACAAGAGGAAAAAGAAAAUUCAAGGAACCCUCAGGGAUACAGAAGCUAUGCUGCAAAAGUAUAUGAACCAAAGCACUGCUUUACAACGUCUAUGCAUAAUGGAAGGUAUAGAAGAGUGGAAACUUGACACUUACCUCAAAAAUGAGGAAUCCAUACCUCCUACACCCAUAAAGAAAAAGUUCAAGUUUAAAUUCGAGGAACCUAAAUUUCAUAUGCAAGGCUAUAACAGAGGUAAACGGUGCUCAAUGCCAAGCUUAGACUUUCAUGCUUUAAAGCUUCCUUCGAGUCGUACAAAAUCGAAGCUGUCUCUGCCUUCUGUUGCACAGUCUAUUAAACAUCACAUAUCAAAGAACCUUCCCUCGAGGAGAGCCUCGCUCGCUGCUUCUGAAAUUUAUAAUGCAAAAAUGUCGAACGGAGAUCUCCGAAGACGGAAGCUCGCGGAAUCUGGUGAUUUAUGCACUAUGCACGAAGAGGAUUCGGAACGCGAAGAUUCUGCUGGAUCGUCACGUGCCACGUCAGAAUCUGGUGACGUUUUCAGCAGAAAUUCUGUGUCGGAAUCUAUCGGAAGUGAUAGGCUUUUUGGCGAUACAAAAAGUCUUAGCAGAAACAAUUCGGAAAGUGUGGAAGAUGAAAGAAUGAAGCUCGCAAAAAUACAAGAAGAAGCCAAACGACGGCAUUCUGAGUCGACCAUUGAUCGAAACAAGGUUUCCUCAGCUGAUUUUCAUGACCUUGCGGACAUUUUAUCCUUCCAUAUGCCAAGGAGGCGAAGUACGAAGAAACGAAAGGAUUCAAUUCACUGUGAUAUGUCGAAACUUGCAAAAGAUGUUAGUAAAACUGAUAUGAAUAAUUUAGGAAGUGUUUCUACUGGCGAUAAAGCAGACGAGAAAGAAAACACUAACAAGAAAGAGGUAGAUGGUUAUGAUUCUGAUCUGGAUUGUGCUAACACUUUAUCAUGUAGCAAACAAUCGUUAGCUGAUUUGUCAGAUAACAAUAAUGAAGGUGAAAAACCAAGCGACUGUAGUGAUAAAAAGAUGUCCAAAUCGGACGAAGAGACAAACACUGAUGUAAAUGGUGUUAUUUGUACUUCACAUGCUGAAAUCCAUGUAGAAAACGAAAUACAGAAUGGUAUGAUUAAAAGAAAAUAAAAAAAAUGAUAAUAUCAUUUAUAACUCUGCUCAAAUGUGUUAAUGUGCAGUUUUUAUGUAAGUUUUUUUAAUGUAAUUUUAUUUUAUACAUGUGUUUUUGUUGUAAGCUGAAAAAUGUUAAGUGUCGUUUUACGAGUAUUAAUGAAAAUAUUUACACAUUUUGAUAUCUUUCUUUAAAUAAAUGGUGUUUAUAUAGAAUCAGCAAUAAACUUAAACUAUCUUUUCGACAAUUAUUUGUUAAUAUCUAAGAAAACUCAUAAAUAGCUGAUAGAUUUAUAAUGAAUGUAGCAAUAUCUUCGAUAGUUUAUGAAACCUUUUUGAAUUUUAAUUGAAUUCAAAAUCCAGAUCAGUCUUUUGUUUCGUAUAUGGAUCGUGUAUCAUUUUCAAAUAUUAUAAAGAAAAUAAAAUACUUUUUCUUAAUGUUGCCGUAGCUUUUGUAUAACAUAAACACAAGAAUAUUUACAGGUAGGAGAUGCCUGUUGUGGAGUACAUGAACAUUUACAUGAGAUUUUUGGAUCGGAAGAAUCAAAUGAUUUAUGAUUAAAUAAAGUUGUGAUUUUGUUGUUGUAGUUUUUAUAUAUAUGACACAAAUUCAAGACCAACUAUCGUGGUAUGCUGUCUGUUUAUUGUGUUAUGGAAAUGUUAUGCAAAAAAGAAACCUAAUUUAUAUUAGUUUACUUAUCCUAGUUUUUUGAUACAUCGCAUAUCCAUACUAUUAUAUAAGUCGUCCUAAAAUGACUGAGCUGUUGAAUGAUUAAUGGAAGAAUUGUAUGAUUUACAAACGACUUGUUCAAAUAGAGAUACAUUUUGCAGUUGGCAUCAAUAACAAAGGUGGUAAAAAGUAUCAUAGAAAUAUCAAUCUAAACAUGUAUAUUAUAGAGUACAGACAAAGUGUAAUGAAAAUUGCAUUGACAAAUGAAAUUCCUUGGUUCAUUUUUUCUUCCCUUUCUUUAUCAUUAUUUCAACAUACAUAUUGUAUGUUAGAUUGUAUGUAUAUAUUGCUUUUAACAUUUUUUUUCUUUUGUAUUUAAUGUUUUCUUUUGUAUUUAAUGUUUUCUCUUUGUUUUGUUUCAAGAAGAAAACCAUCUGUUAUUUUUAUUUUGAUGGUCAUUAUUAAUGUUUACAAUGAGUUGAUUAAAAAUGUAAAACUGCAGGUCAGUUAUUUAUUGUGGAAUCACUCAUUUUCCAUAAUGAAAUAUGUAAUAUGUUACAGAAAUGAAAUGAUGUUUUUUAUUCAUGUUGUUACUGUUAUUUAUUUUUGUCAGUUGAACUGACACAAGGUUUUAUAUAUUGACUAUGUUGUCUUUAACAAAGCAGUUUGUUCACACUUCUAUUAGAAUCAUUACUAUAGCCAAAAAGAUGAUAAUCGAAUCCUGGAAAUAUUUGGAUAUCUGAUAAUUAAGACUAACCUAAACUAUAAGAACACUAUUUGUUAUAUAUUUUACCUUAUUCAAAUCCGAUUUCUCUCGAAUGCGCCUGCAAGUUUGGAUUAUUUUCACACGUAGAUCUAUUCGCUCCCUAAGCUCAAAAAUGAGAUUUUCAUAUUUGUAAUAACGGGUCGCUGGCCGAUCAUUCUACAGCUGAUUCAGAAAUCAGGUGGGAUAAGUAGUCAGUCACUUGUCGAUGAACUGAAUAUAGUUUCAUAGUAUCCAUGAUUACUCACUGAAGUGUGAACCAGCGGUUUUAACAUUGUGAUUUAUUUCAAAGCAGUACCGAUACUUACUAUUUAAUGAAAAGAGAGUCACAAACUCAACGAACUGUUUUAAUGAAAUAUGAAUAAAAAAAUGUAGCCUUUGUUAAUGUAAGAAGAAUUCAAGAAAAUGAAAUCUUCUUUGAAAUACUACAUGUACAGUGUAGUGUAUUAGUAUCAAUCAAAGAAAGUGAAAUGUGUGCUGAUUUAGUUCAAAAUCCAUGAAUUUGAACUGUAAAUGUGAUCUACGGAAGGAGUAUAGAACGAUGAUAGGACGAUUUUCAUGAAAGAAGACGAUGCCAUUUUUCUGUUUAAAUUAAUAAAAAGCCGGAAAUAUGCAUAAAAAGAAUUUUUAGGGUGAUAUUAUGAUUAUUUUGUUUAGAAUAUGACAGUAUUAGAGAUUUUUUGGUGUGAAAUAAAAUCUAGGAAUGUGAGUAUAACUAUUUUUCAAAAUAGGACAAGAAUAAUAUGAUAAAAUAUUAAGUUUUGGAAAAGGGGUUAGGCAGGGAAAUGUACUUUUGUCUCUGUUUUUUGCUUUUAAAGUAUGUUCAUGUUUAUAGUUAACGGAUCAUCUCGUUUUGUCGAUAUUUGUCUCAUGUUGUUAGAAAUUUCAUGAAAAUUUAAUUGCUUUUUGUUACAAAAUAUUUACAUGAAUUAUUGUUUUAUCGGUUUAAAUGUAAAUUGUAUAGCUAACCGUAUGAUUUUUUCUUGUCUGUUAUUUAUUCAAUCUAUGAUUGUUUUAUAUUGUUUUCACUACAUUUCUGCAUAUUUCUCUUCUCUGUCCGGGUAUUUUAUUACUUUUCUAUCUGACACAUUUUGAUCAAUAACCUCUGAAAUAUGUCAAAAUAUUUUUGACAUUCAACAUUUAAUAUCGGCAAUGCAUGAAUAUUUUGAUGAAAUUUUCCUUUUUGUUUUGUUUUGUUGUUACUGUUGCAUGUUUUUGAUAAAUAAUAUUCCUUUUCAAAAUGUAGACUUUUUCAGAAGCAAUAAGGAAUAUCGAUAUAACCUCCGCAGUGCAAGGCUCUUUUGGGGGAUUUAGAUUUUGGUUGACGCUUAGGACGUUGCUCUAAUUUUGGAAGAAUUGAAACUGUCGUUUAACAAGAGGUUAUUGUUCUGCAAAGGUUGUUUAUAUAUUCUUUAAUAUUUUUUUCAUCUACAUUAAACAACACGCAUCGUUUAAAAUAAAUCCAUGAUUGUUGUUUUUUGAUAAAAUUUUGUUCGAUUUUGAUGAUAAAUUUUAUAAUGUUAUUUUGACACUUCCGUUUAUUGGAAGAAAUAGAUUUGUGAAUAUUUAUGCAUUUAUUAUUUAACAUAUAAAAGUUUUGCACCCAUUGUUAAAUGCCCUUUUGUUUUAUUAAAACAGGUGAACAGC